UGUCCUUACCGGCCGUGGCGUCCGUCCCCCACGUUUGUAUAUAUAUACACAUACAUAUACUAGAAUUGUCCAUGUCAUCGUCUCGUUCCUCUGCUCCCUUUUGCAACCUCCCUUCAUAUAGGCCACUGUGACCUGCUUCCCUUUCGCAGUUGCGCAUCUCCAUAGCCACCUCGGAAGCUCGAGGCCGAGGAUCCACAUAUAUAGCAUCUGUCUUUUAUACUAGGUUUUAGUUUUUGGGAGAAUCUACACGGCGCAGAAGCUAGGUAGCUUUCUUCAAUAAUCUUGGUCCAGUCCAGCAAGCUUCCCUGCUUCCCCUUGCCCUCGAUCGACCUGCUGCGGGCCCAGAGACAUCCAUCCAUCCAUCCUUCCUUCCUGGCUGUAAGAAGAGGAGAUGGUCUCAUGGCCGUGAUCUCACCUCGCCGAGCGCUCGUCGCGGCCGUGUCCCUCUGCCUCCUCCUCGGCGCCGCCACCAGCAUCCGCACCGCGACGUUUUCCCCUUCUCAGGCGCAGGAGAACCUGGCGGAGGACAAGUCGCGGCUGGGGUCGACGCCGCCGAUCUGCCGCAACCGGUGCAGCGCCUGCAACCCCUGCAUGCCCGUGCAGGUGACGACCGCGCCCGCGGGGCUCGGGCGCGCGGCCCGCGUCACCGACGCCGACGCCGACGCGGUGGCCGGCUUCUCCCGCUACUCCGACUACAAGCCGCUGGGGUGGAAAUGCGGCUGCGACGGCCGCCUGUACGACCCCUAGCCGAGCGUGCAACGCCAGUGCACUCUGCUCCGGUCCGGUAGGGUGGGGGAGACUGGAGGCCAUCCAGGUUCUUGGUGUCAUCUGUUCUUGGUUUUUGCAUGCCCAUGGGCCAUGGCGGCUUGCUUCACAAGCUUAUUAUUUCUCUCUCUAUUCUCUACUAGUUCGAGCUUGCAGCUUGUACCGCCCGUAGCCGUAGCCAUUUUUUUUUUGCUCUCUGCUGAAACAAUUUACUCGCGUGUAAAGAGUAACCGUGACCGUGAGCAGUAAAAGUUGUAGUGGUUACCGACCGCUGAUUGGCCA